AUGUCGAGCUGCUUCACGGAGAUUUCGAAUUGUGUAUCAAUGGUCGAUUUUGAUCGGGACAUCGUCGCCGCGGGUUCUUCGUCGGAAAACGAUUCUAGAUAUCGGUGGAUGACACCGAUAAGAGCUGCGGCGGGCGGUGGUGAGGCCAUGGACGGGCGACCGUCGAGCUCCCGGAGGUGGCGACUGUUGUUCGCUGGUGUCGGGCCGAGUGGCGUGCUGGGAGCUGUCACCACAGCGCGGAAGGCUCUCGAGGUGCGAAGGUGGCAUGCGCCGCGGCGCGGAGAGGGGGCCUGUCGCGGCGCGGGACUGCUUCACGGCGCGAGGGAGCAGACCUGGGAAUGA